AUGCCAGCAGCUUCAUCCGCCGCCAAGGAGCCUUCUCUGAAGAGCCUUCAGACUAAACUUCGUGCACAUCUGGAUCUGUUUAAAACAAUUGUUGCGUUUGUGGAUACGCUUGCUGAGGUUACUUCAAUUGAACGUAUCCAAGUGCGUUUAGCUAAACUAGACGAACUGUGGGACAAAGUGAAUGCUGCCUUGGUGGACAUUGAAACUCAUGGAGAAUACACUUUGACACCGGAGAAUACCCCGUCCCAGGUUCGCUUAGACUGUGGAGAAUCCUAUUACGAUGCGAAGGCAACAAUGCUGGAAAGAAUUAAGGAGUUAGAGCAGGAAACAACAAUAUCACACCAAUCUACGAGACUUCAUGAUUCUUCGAUGCAUCCGACUACGGAACACGUUAAGCUACCACAAAUCAAAUUACAACUUUUCGAUGGAAAUGUGGACGAGUGGCUUAGCUUCAGGGAUUUAUAUUUAUCUUUAAUCCAUACCAAAGCAGAUUUACCAGACAUCGAAAAGUUUCAUUAUCUAAAGGGAUGCUUAGCAGGAGAGGCAAAGAAACUCGUUGAUCCACUCGCAAUAACCAGUGCCAACUAUCCAAUUGCGUGGGAAUGUCUGAUGAAACGUUACAACAACAGCAAACUUUUAAAACGACGGCAGGUGAAUACGCUUCUGAAGUUGCCAAGCGUUUCAAGAGAAUCUGUAACGGAAUUGCAGUGUCUACUAGAGGGUUUCGAGCGAGUUGUACAAACACUAGAUCAAUUAGUGAAGGUCGAAGAAUACAAGGAUCUACUACUACUCGAGAUUCUGUGCAGCAGACUUGAUCCAACUACCCGACGUGCGUGGGAGGAAUUCACAGCAGGCAAUGAGCAGGAUAAAAUUUCGGAUUUGAUGCAGUUCAUCCAGAAGAGGAUUUCGGUUCUAGGUUCCCUACCCAACAAAUUAUCCGAAGGUCGACCAGAAUACGUUAAAAGGCAAUAUGGAAUACGAACUAGCCACAACGUCACGCGCAUCUCUAAGGGUCGCUGUGUUGCGUGUUCAGACACCCAUCCCCUCUUCAUGUGCCAGACUUUCAGGAAGAUGCCGAUAGCGGAAAGGGAUAGAUUGGUUCGAACAAACUCACUUUGCAGAAAUUGCUUCCGAAAUGGACACAUGGCUUCGGAGUGUAUGUCGAAAUUCGUAUGCCACAACUGCAAGGGUAAACACCACACGUUAAUCUGCUUUCGCUCAGAAGGGGCAACUGCCUCCAAUUCCGGCACUAUGAGGAGAAAUUCUAGAAAUUCAGAACCACCAUCGACGGAAACAGUCGCAUCUAAUAUCGCACGGCGAUCAGCUUCAACAGUGCUUCUAGCAACAGCCGUAGUUUUGGUAGAGGACAACAAUGGAUUCAGCUAUCCUGCCCGAGCAUUGCUGGACUCCGGGUCGGAGUGCAAUUUUAUGGCGGAGCAUUUGUGUCAAAGAUUAGGUGUCUGCCGACAGCGCUCGAACGUUUCAGUAAUGGGAAUCGGCCAAUCAACUUCCGAAGUCAAGCAUCAAGUCACUGCGAUUAUCAAGUCUCGAAACGAAAGCUACAAACAACAAAUGGACUUCCUGGUUUUACCGAAGGUGACAGCGGAUCUACCAACAGCAGACAUUAUUUUUUCCGAACUACGUUUACCAGCGGAGAUCGAAUUAGCAGACGCCAACUUCUUCCAAUCCAAUGCAAUCGAUCUGAUCUUAGGAAUCCAACAUUUCUUUGAAUUCUUCCAAUCUGGUCAACGGAAAUCGCUAGGAGAUGGAUUACCAGCUAUUACAGAAUCCGUUUUUGGCUGGGUUAUUACUGGUGUAGUACAAAACUGGAGGCAAACUUCAAAGACCAUCUGUAAUACAGCUAGUUCGAUACCUUUGGACGAAUAUCUAACUCGUUUUUGGUCCUGCGAGGAAAUAGGAUCGGUUCACAAAUAUUCACCCGAAGAAAUGCGCUGUGAGGAGUUUUUCGUCAAGACGGUUCGCAGAGAAACUGAUGGUAGAUAUACAGUUUCUCUUCCAAAGGAUGGGAAUGUCAAUUCCAGAUUAGGCGAGUCAAGGGACAUCGCAUUCCGACGUUUGCAAUACCUAGAGCGCAGAUUGGAUUCUAGCCUGCGUGAAGAGUACAACCGAUUCAUUCAGGAAUAUUUACAACUUGGCCACAUGCGAUUGGUAGAGGAAACUCGAGAGGACAGUACAAAACGUUGCUAUCUCCCACAUCAUCCUAUAAUUAAAGAAGCUAGCACAACAACAAAACUUCGAGUGGUUUUCGACGCGUCAAGCAAAACUUCAAGCAAACUAUCGCUGAAUGAUAUAUUGCUAGCAGGACCCGUCAUACAAGAUGAUCUAAGAGCAAUUGUCCUACGGUGCAGAACGAAACAAAUAAUGAUUGUUGCUGAUGUGGAAAAGAUGUUCCGUCAAAUCAAGGUGUUCGAAGACGAUAUGGCUCUACAAAGCAUCCUAUGGCGGUUCAACACAACGGAGCCUGUAAAAACGUACGAACUUACAACGCUCACGUAUGGAACCAAACCGGCACCCUUUCUUGCGACAAGAACUCUCCAGCAACUCUCAAUCGACGAAGCAAAUAGAUAUCCCUUAGCGGCCAAGGCGAUGUCAAUGGAUGUUUACAUGGACGAUGUGUUGACCGGUACAAACGACGAAGAUGAAGCAAUCCAGUUGAGAAGGCAGCUCAGCGAACUAUCCGAACGAGGUGGAUUUAGGCUAAGAAAGUUCGCCUCCAAUUCAGUCCAAGUGCUUCAAGAAAUUCCAACAGAAGAUUUAGCAGUGAAUGUCUCCGGAGAGGUUGAACUCGAUCCCAAUUCUACCAUUAAAACACUCGGCCUGGUAUGGCAGCCUUCGACAGACACAUUCCGUUUCCAAUUUAUUAUCCAGAACUUGAAGCCAAAUGAAAAACUCACGAAACGCAAGGUUUUAUCCGCAAUUGCAGCCCUAUUCGAUCCAUUAGGUCUCUUGGGAGCUGUGAUUACAACCGCAAAACUAGUUAUGCAGCGUCUAUGGUGUUUAACGGAUGAUCAAAACAAUCGUUUGGAUUGGGAUCACGAGAUUCCUGAAGAUUUAGCCGAAGACUGGAGAAGGUUCUACGCUCAAAUACCAAUGCUGAACGAGUUACACAUCCCACGUUGUUCAAUCAUACCCAUGGCAGUGACUACUGAAAUCCAUAUAUUCUCCGAUGCAGCUGAGCGCGCGUACGGAGCCUGUGUGUAUAUUCGAAGCAUAAGCACUUCAGGAAGGGUCGGCGUACAAUUACUAACGUCGAAAUCCAGCGUUGCACCGUUGAAAUCUCAGUCGAUUCCCAGACUGGAGCUUUGUGGAGCGUUGAAGGCAGCGGAACUUGCGGAGAAGGUCAAGGAGUCAAUCAAACUGGAAGCUAAAAUUUGUUUUUGGACCGAUUCUACUUGCGUAUUGCAAUGGCUUAAUUCAAUUCCCGCAACAUGGUCAACCUUUGUAGCCAAUCGUGUAUCCAAAAUCCAAAUCAUCACCGAACAAUACGCAUGGAGACACGUUCCAGGUCAAGAGAACCCGGCAGAUAUAAUUUCUCGAGGUACAAGUCCGGAGGAGAUUAAGCAAAACAAUCUUUGGUGGGAAGGUCCGCCCUGGUUGAAAAUGGAAGAAAAAUUCUGGCCGAAGCAGCCAGUAACCAUCAACACCGAUGCAGCCGCUAGUGAAACAAAAAGAAAGGUCACGAAUGUUGCGACAAUCGACACGCCUAGUUUUAUUGAUGAAUACGUCGAAAGGUUUUCUUCAUUGUCCGAUUUGAUUCGUAAAACGGCGUAUUGGCUGAGAUUAAAAGGGAUGUUACGGAGGUUAGAGCCAAGCUCAUCAGGUGUUCUUUCUACUAAAGAGUUAAGAGAAGCCGAAUAUGUUAUUAUACGGGAAAUCCAGAGAGAAGCAUUUAAGGAAGAGUGGAAACAAUUAACCAACGGUGAACCCGUUUCACGCAAUUCUCCGAUGAGUAUGCUCAAGUUACCGAAGACACAAGGCACCCUAUUGUCCUCCCGUCACGACAUCCAUUCACCAAACUUCUAUUUGAAGCGUUCCACAAGCGACUUCUACAUGCAGCCCCACAACUACUUUUUAGCUCCAUAA